CAUCACAGAACACAUAGACUUUACCACUCCACUCCAGGAGCCUGCGGUGGAGCCAUUGUGCAACGCCAACCUGGCUGCCAGCAUGCACACCCUGGACCACCUGGCUGGCGUGGCCAACCGCGCCGCCAUCCACUACACCGGAGAGAGUCAACUCAGAGAGGUUCUACAGAAUCUGGGCAAAGAUAAGUUCUCCCCUCAGUCCUUUGAGCAGGUGGGCACGCGCAUCGCCAAGGUCUUGGAGAAGAACCAGACAUCUUGGGUCUUGUCCAGCAUGUCUGCUCUCUACUGGAGGGUGAAGGGUCAGGGCAAGAGGGCCAUCGACUGCCUACGCCAAGCCCUCCACUACGCCCGCACCACAUGA